AUGAGCGAUCCAACUCAACAGGAUCAUGCUGUCCACGAGGAUGAAAAAACUUCUCACACGGCGAAAGCAGAGGCUAUUCAAGAAGCUAAAGAUGUCGAAUCUGGAUCCUCUGAAAAGAGAAUCGUGGAGGCUCCAGAUGCACAGCAUCAGUCUUCCCGGCCUGACGGGGAAGCAGGUGCCACGGACGAGGCCAAAAACUACGUCCAAGGUGUUCGCCUAUACAUGAUCUCGGCCGCCUUUAUCAUGGCCGGUAUCAUGUUGGGAAUUGACGGCAGCAUUCUCGCAACCGCCAUUCCACGGAUCACCAGCGACUUCAACUCGGUCGAUGAUAUCGGUUGGUAUGCCAGUGCCUAUCUCCUCGCCCAGAUGGCACUGCAGCCGACUUUUGGCCGCGUCUACAUCUACUUUGAAGCAAAGGUGACCUUUCUCCUGUCUCUGCUUGUCUUUGAAGUCGGGUCGGUCAUAUGCGCCGUGGCACCCAACUCCGCCGUCCUGAUCCUGGGCCGCGGGAUCGCAGGCGCAGCAGCAGCAGGGAUGCUCACGGGCAAUCUGGCCAUUUUCGGGCAAGUUGUUCCACUACGGAGUCGCCCUCGAGGAAUGGCUAUCAUGACUGGCCUGUUCUCAGUCGCAACGCUCGCAGGGCCGACUGUGGGUGGACUGCUGACCGAUUCGAGAUUGACUUGGCGGUUCUGUUUCUGGAUCAAUCUACCCUUCGGUUUCAUUGCGGCUGUGAUCGUCAUCUUUUUCCUUCAGCGCAAACCCGGCAAAAUGGCUAAUUUGCCACUUAAGGAGAAGGUGAAUCGUCUCGAUCUGGCAAGCGCCUCUGUACUAGCGGCAAGUCUCGUCUGCUUAUUUCUGGGGCUGCAAUGGGGUGGCUCGACGGAGCCCUGGUCCGCGCCUCGGGUUUGGGGCUGUCUGGUCGGCUUUGCGGUGUUGUGUGUGGCUUUCAUUGGCCUACAGGCGUAUCGCAAGGAAAGGGCGACCAUUCCACUUCGUCUUCUGCGACAGAGGACCGUCGCGGUUUGCUGCAUUUUUUCCGGACUGUACGGCGUGGCAGUCGUCACACACGCCUAUCUCCUCCCGAUCUGGUUUCAAGGCGUCAAAGGCACCGAUGCGACAAUCUCCGGAGUCAAUAUGUUGCCCUCGACGAUCGCGAGCACUGUCGCCAUUCUAAUAGCCGGGUUCGGCAUGACCGCCACUGGGUAUUAUGUGCCCUUCAUGUGGGCAGGUGCAGUGAUCUAUGUCGCCGGAAGUGCAAUGUACACCAUCCUCCGAGUGGAUAGCACCGUUGGCCGAUGGCUGGGCACGCAGAUCCUGGCUGGCUCAGGAUUCGGCACGGCCAUCCAAGUCACCUUCAUCGGUGUUCAGGUGGUGACCCCCGCAAUUGACAUGCCCACAGUUUGUGCACUGGAGGUCUUCUUCCGCCAGCUUGGUUCCUCGGUGGGAAUCAGCAUAGCGCAGAGUAUCUUCCUAAACCAGCUGACUGGUCGUCUGGAAGGGAUCCCAGGAGUUGAUCCUGGGAAAAUGAUCCGCUCAGGGGUCUUGGAAGGUGCAUGGUCUAAUGAGUCGGUCGCAGCUUCGGUGAUUCCCUCCGUCAAGGAGGCGUUGAAUUCCGCCAUCACCACCGCUUUCCUCCUGCCCGUUGGGGCCACUGCUCUUGCAUCGGUAAUUAGCCUGGGGAUGGAAAGGCGGCGGAUUGAGGAUGACAGGGUUCCUGCUCCGGGGACAGAGAUCGGUGUCCACACGGACAGAGCCAGUAAUUCUUCGGAAAGCGGCCCGCCACAACCUUGA